GGGGGCGGGCCAGGCCGAGCCGAGCCGAGCCGAGCCGAGCCGAGCGGGACAGGCCUCCGGGCAGAGGGGCCCCAGCAGCCCCAGCGCGAUCCCGGCCGCCCCCGGCCCCUAUGGGAGCGUCAGGCAGGCCGGACGGGGGCCCCGACGGCGGCGCCGCUGCUGCUGCUGCUGCGGGCGGCGGGGAGGCCAUGAGCCGGCCCAGCUGAAGGGAGGCGCUGGCCCGGAGCGGGGCCGCCCGGCUGGCCGCCAGACCCAUGGCCGUGCGCGGUGGCGGCGGCGGCGGCAGCGCCCCGGCCCCGACGCCGACGCCUUUCUCCAUCCAAGCCAUCCUCAACAAGAAGGACGAGCGCGCCUGCUGCUGGAGGCUCUUCGGCGACGACGCGGCCGCCCUGGCCCGCGCCAUCCAGCACCCGCCGCCCCUGCCCGCCGCCGCCACCCCCGCCGCCGCCUGGGACUCCGACUCGGCCCUGAGCGAGGAGCAGGAGGCCGACAGGGAGGAGGAGGAAGAGGAGGAGGAGGAGGAAGAAGAAGAGGAGGAAGAAGAGGGAGAAGAACCCCACCGGGAAGGGAGGGCGGCCGCCCGGAGGCCCCGCCAGCCGCCUGCCUGCUCCGGAGACUCGCCGUCGGAGCGCCCCGUCUGCAGGGAGCGGCCCGCGCAGGAGCAGCCCCCGGCCGGCCUGAGCGACGGCCACCUCUCGGCCAGGGUCGCAGAUCGCGGCCCCGCGGAGGAAGACGACGAGGAGGAGGAAGAAGAGCGUGCCAAGGGCGCCAAGCUGCCUUCCGAGGAGGACGAGACGGCGGCGGCGGCGGCGGCGGCCUCGACGGCUGCUUCGACGGCGGCGGCGGCGGCGGCGCCGAAGCCGCGCAAGAAGCGCUCCCGGGCGGCCUUCUCGCACGCGCAGGUCUUCGAGCUGGAGCGGCGCUGGCUCAGCGCGCACCUGUCCGGGCCGGAGCGCGCCGACCUGGCCGCCUCCCUCAAGCUGACCGAGACGCAGGUCAAGAUCUGGUUCCAGAACCGGCGCUACAAGACCAAGCGGCGCCAGCUGGCCGCGGACCUCAUGGCCGCCGCGCCCGCCGCCAAGAAGGUGGCCGUCAAGGUCCUCGUGCGCGACGACCAGCGCCAGUACCAGCCGGGCGAGCUCCUGCGCCCGCCGCCCCUCCUCUCCCUCCAGCCCCCCUACUACUACCCGUACUACUGCCUGCCCGGCUGGGCCCUCUCGGCCUGCGCCGCCGCCGCCACCGCCACCGGAGCCACCCAGUGACCGGCAGGAUCGAGACCCCCGACGGCCGGGGGCAGCUGGAAGAGGCCAGGGACCUUUGCGCGCCGCGCCGCCGGGCCUGGACGGGCCACGGGCUCUCCGCCCAGAGGCCGCCACCCGCUCCCCGAGCGCUUCCCGGAC